GGCGGCGGCGGCUGGAGCUCGGCGGAGCUCGUGGGACCCCAUUGGGGGAAUUUGAUCCUAGGAAGCUGUGCGAUUGCCGGGGGAGGAGAAGCUCCCCGGUCCUUGUGUCCAGUUCCAGGGGGGAGGAGGAGACGGCGGAGCGGGCCUCUCGGCGUCCUCGGCGCUGCUGCCCCCUGCCCCCUCCUGCCGGGAUCAUGGUCUGCGGCGGCCCGGGAGGGCUGCUGGCGCUGCGGGCCGGGCUGCUGGCCCUGGCUGCGCUCUGCCUGCUCCGCGCGCCCGGAGCCCGGGCUGCAGCCUGUGAGCCCGUCCGCAUCCCCCUGUGCAAGUCCCUGCCCUGGAACAUGACCAAGAUGCCCAACCACCUGCACCACAGCACGCAGGCCAACGCCAUCCUGGCCAUCGAGCAGUUCGAAGGUCUGCUGGGCACCCACUGUAGCCCCGACCUGCUCUUCUUCCUCUGUGCGAUGUACGCGCCCAUCUGCACCAUUGACUUCCAGCACGAGCCCAUCAAGCCCUGCAAGUCUGUGUGCGAGCGGGCCCGGCAGGGCUGUGAGCCCAUCCUCAUCAAGUACCGCCACUCGUGGCCGGAGAGCCUGGCUUGCGAGGAGCUGCCAGUUUACGACCGCGGCGUGUGCAUCUCUCCCGAAGCAAUCGUCACUGCGGACGGAGCGGAUUUUCCUAUGGAUUCUAGUAAUGGAAACUGUAGAGGGGCAAGCAGUGAACGCUGCAAAUGUAAGCCUAUUAGAGCGACUCAGAAGACCUAUUUCCGAAACAAUUACAACUAUGUCAUUCGGGCUAAAGUUAAAGAGGUGAAAACCAAGUGCCAUGACGUGACUGCAGUAGUCGAGGUGAAGGAGAUUCUGAAGUCUUCUCUGGUCAACAUUCCAAGGGACACCGUUAACCUGUAUACCAGCUCUGGCUGCCUGUGCCCUCCACUCAGCGUUAAUGAGGAGUACAUCAUCAUGGGCUACGAAGACGAGGAACGCUCCAGAUUACUGUUGGUGGAGGGUUCUAUUGCUGAAAAAUGGAAGGAUCGACUGGGUAAAAAAGUUAAGCGCUGGGAUAUGAAACUCCGUCAUCUUGGACUGAAUAAAAGUGAUUCUAGCCAUAGUGAUUCCACGCAGAGUCAGAAGUCUGGCAGGAACUCGAACCCCCGGCAAGCACGCCAUUAAAUCCUGACAUGUGGAAAGAACAGCCGUGGACUUCCUAUUAAGACUUGCAUUGCUGGACUAACUAGCCAAGGAAAAUUGCACUAUUGCACGUCAUAUUCUAUUUUUUACCACAAAACUCAUGUGGUAAAUGAUAUUACUUCUAUUUUCUCUUUUGUUUCCUGCUUUUCUCUUCCCUCUUCCCACCCCCUUCUUUGUGGUCUGAGUGCAGAUCCUAAAAUAUAUUAUAUGUAUUCUAUUUCACUAAUCAUGGGAAAACUGUACUUUGCAAUAAUAAUAAAUUAAACAUGUUGAUCCCAGGGCCUUUUUGCUGGAGUAAAUGUUAAUUUACUGCUCUGCGCCCAGACUGGGAAUGCAGUAUUGGAUACAAAGAGAGAAAGCUAAAUAAGCUGUACAAUAUACUCGGCUGAUCUAAUUACAGCCUCAUUUUUGCACGCCUUUGGGCAUUCUCCUCAUGCUUAGAAAGUCCUACAUGUUUAUAAAGGUAAAAUAGCAGUUUGAAAUCAAAUGCCAUAUAGGCAAAGCAAUCAAGCACCAGGAAGCAUUUAUGAGCAAAAGACAUACAAGACGAAUUAUUUGAAAGACAGGCAGGAAGCAAAAUAAAUAGUGUUAGGAGUUGGGGAAAGAACAUUUUGCCUGACUGAGAAGCACAACUGAAACCAGUAGCUGCUGGGAUGUUAUCAGUAGCAUUUAUCUUUUGGCAAUACAUUUGACUUGUUUAUGAAUACAUAUAUUCAUCAGCACGAGGGAUGUGAAUUAUAACUAGACAUCUGCUGUUAUCAGCAUAGCUCCAUUUAAUUUUAAACAAACCCAUUGGUGUGAGUC